AUGAGUCAAUCCGAUCCCGAGACCAGCUACGACAAUGGCCACGAAGAGGAAGAUGAAUGGGAUGAUAAAUCACUUGAUGUGGACUCUGACCUGGAGGACACAUCUGUGAAUAUCGGGCUGGACAAGACGGGUGAGCGUGGAAGUGGUUAUCACACUCGCAAUGACCCUUCCGCACCAUAUCAACGACCGACAGUGACAGAGCGCCGUGGCAUCAUUGAAGUCCGGUGCAAGUCUCGAGAGGUGAUUCACGGUGUUUUAUCUCCCGACGCGGAGGAGAGUGCAACCUUGCUCGUCUACGAUCUUCAUCUGGACACGACCCGCAGAUCUCGACGGAUCAUAUCCGCAACAAUCGAGUUUGAGUUUGGUAGCUCGGUGGCUGGAACCCCGGCGCCCCAGGUGCACGCAAUUGCGCCAGCGGGCCGCAUGACACUACUAUCUUCUACGCAGGAGGAGUCACUCACUCGCGGUGCAGAGGUGAAUGCCGGGGCGGGCGAGUUGGGGGUGAAUGUCGGCGGGACGCUCAAGUGGGAAAAGACAGUGAGCCGCGCGACCAGCGACGAUGCUCGGGUGACGGGCCACAUCUUCAGUGACGAUUACGGGAAGGGAAUCGGUGCAAGUUGGGUGAUGCACGAGAACAAGUCGAUCAAGUCCGGGGUGCCGAGCUUCCUCCGCUGUGCCAUACUGCUGAACCGCGGGUUCGAUGACAACAACUUUCAGUGCCGAGUCAAGAUCAAGGCGGAGGCGGACUGGAAGUCGGAGAUGGGCCGCCUGUUUGGCUCGACGCCUCCCGACGAUCCUGUCCUCUUCGACCCGAGCCUGCCGCCAACUAACAAGCUGCGCAAGGCGGGCUACGACAUGGAAAACCUCGGUUCCAUCGAGCUGGAUGACUUUGUUGAAAUCGUCUUUGACAAAGCCCUGAGGAAGAAACCGGACGCGGCAUAG